AAGAUGGCGCCGUCCAUCGCUCGUCCCGGAGGCCAGCGAAUUUAACGAAAGUUCGCCGAUUUUCGAAGGCGAUUAAAGCGCGAUUCAGUGUAAGGUGCUUUCAACACGAAAGCCACUGCACUAGAUAUUCGCUGAGAGCUGACAGUAAAGUCGUUUGAGCAGAAACACUCGUGAAAACGAUCGGAAAACUGAGGAUAACAACAUGAACAAAGUAAAGAAGCACAAGAAAGAGAAAAAGAAGCACAAGAAACUUAAGGCUGAAACUUCGGAGAGUGCUGAUUCAUCGAGCAAUGAUGAAUGGGUUGAAGCAGGAAAGGCCAGCACAGAAGAGAGCAAACCCCCUCCAAUGCAGAAAAGAGACGAAUGGAUGGAUAUGCAAGACUCUUUCAUCCCGACUUUCACGACGAAAGACUACAGAGCUGAGAAGAAGGCAAAGAGGCGAGAGGAAGUGAGCAGGGUUGCCAGAAUGACAGACACGCCGGGAACGCACGAACGAGAAUUGAACCCAUACUGGAAAGAGGGUGGAACUGGUCUUCCGCAAGAGGAACAACCCAAAGAACUGGGCCUCACCCAGUCCAACAUUGGAGAUGGUGGGCUGAAAUGGCUCAGACGAGCGUACAGGCGGAUACAGGAGCAGGCGGAAGAAGAGGGGAGGCCCGUUGAAGAGAUAGCUGCACAGAGAUAUGGGUCACUUGAGAAGCUGCAAUCCAUGAUAAGGGAAGCAGAACAGAGAUGUGGUGUUGGCAACAGUGGUCGUGACAGGGACCGAAGACAUUAUGACAGGAGAGAUAGCAGACACGCACGAAGGACUCCGCAGGACACUCAAGAGGAACGUUAUCAUGCCUCGCACCGAAAAAGUUCAGCAUCUGACAGCAAGUUCCGAAAGCCAUUGGAUGAUGACGGGAACGGUGAGGGUUCGGACGAUAUCAGUUCUGAGCGUUAUAAAAAGAGGGAUAAUUUCAAAGACAAACCAAGGAGCCAACUUUCAAGAAUGCUACGACCAUCGGAGAGCGAGGAAGGUUCCAGUUGCCAGUCGUGGCGGUCGGAGCGCCGAUCGAGUUCUAAGCCAAGCUGGAUGAAGAAGGAAUAUUACGAGGAAGAAGCGAAAGACACCAGAAAACGACCUUCUCCGGUUCCUGCGCGACAGAAAAAGGAUCAUCCUGCUCCUGUCGCGCAGACUGCCGAAGAACAACCAAAACCGGCAGAGGAGACUAACCAAGGUGCGACUAAGCUCCUGUCUGACAUGGAAAUGAACGCUCUUGGAGCCAAGCUCAUCAAAGCGGAGCUACUUGGCAACACUGCACUCUACAAGAAAUUGAAGGAAGACAUCGAACGCGCCAGGGCGGUGAGGGAAGCCGCUGGAAACAACGCUGAAGGGCGCACGACAGAACAGAGGGGGCAGGCGGAAGUUGUUGUCUUGACCAAAACAGACCACAGAGGGAUGGCACGUCCGUUGCCGGAUCCCAUUCAAGGAUCUGGGAAGAAGAAAAUUAAGGCUGCCACGCACGACAGAGAUGGCGAACGCACUUCCUACUUUGCAGACGACAACCGCUUUAGUCUCAAGGAAAUGUUCCAGCGCGAAAAGGCAACGACUGCGGAAGACCAGAACCUGGAGUUUGCCCGUCUUGCUGGAAAGGUAAAGGCAUCAACGAGUCAAGAGGACUUUGAUGAUGCAGCCACAGACGUAGCAGCGAGGUUUGACUCGUCGGCCAGGCAGGAUGCUCAUGACAGGAUGAGAGCCAUCACUGAACAUAAGAAGAUGACAAAGUCAUUGGAGAAGUGCAAGUACUGUCUGGAGAGCUCCGAAAUGAGGAAGCACCUCAUUGUAGCAAUCGGGCUCAAGACAUAUUUGUGUCUCCCGCCGUACCUGUCGCUCACAGAGGGGCAUUGCCUCAUCGUGCCACAGCACCACGUAACAUCAGGAACGCUGGUCGACGAGGACGUUUGGCUAGAGAUGCAGAUUUUCCGAAAAGGCCUGACCAGGAUGUUUGAGGACAUGGAACAGGACACAGUCUUCAUGGAGACAGCCAUGGGGUUCAGACAUCACCCGCACACAGUUCUGGAGUGCAUUCCUGUUCCGAAAGAUGUUGGAGCCCUGGCUCCCAUGUAUUUCAAGAAAGCCAUCCUGGAGUCCGAAACCGAGUGGGCUCAGAAUAAAAAGCUGGUGGACCUGUCGCAGAAAGGACUGAGGAACUCGAUUCCGAGAGGUCUGCCGUACUUUUCUGUGGACUUUGGAUUGCAGUCUGGCUUUGCGCACGUCAUCGAAGACGAGAAGGAGUUUCCUUGGUAUUUCGGAAAAGAGAUUAUUGGUGGGAUGCUCGACCUGGAGCCACGACUGUGGAAGAAAAUGCAGCCUGAGAAGUUUGACGAUCAGAGGAAAAAAGUUCUCCAAUUUGCUGAAUGGUGGAAACCCUACGAUUGGACAGAACGCGUUAAAUCGCAGCUGAAGGAAUCGUAGUUGAGAUAAGCCCUCAUCUGUAAAUAUCGAUGCUGAAGUGUGGACUGGUGUAAAUGCUCAUAAUGUGGUAUAAUGCAUUAAAUCUUUGGAAACGAAA